CCGGCGGGAGCCCGGCAGAGAGCGGCGUACGGCACCGUCGGGGCUACCGUCGGCGAUGGGCAGCGUGCAGGGGCUCCGCGGGGCCGCGCUGCGGGCACUGGUGUCGCUGGCCGCGGGGCUGCUGGCGUGCGGCGGGGCCAGCGAGUACGACUAUGUCAGCUACCAGUCCGACCUGGGCCCCUACCCCGGCGGGCGCUUCUACGCCAAACCCCACCAGUGCGUGGCCAUCCCCGCGGACCUGCGGCUCUGCCACAGCGUGGGCUAUGACAAGAUGGUGCUGCCCAACCUGCUGGACCACGAGACCAUGGCCGAGGUGAAGCACCAAGCGAGCAGCUGGGUGCCCCUGCUCAACAAGAACUGCCACAUGGGCACCCAGGUCUUCCUCUGCUCCCUCUUUGCCCCCGUCUGCCUGGACCGGCCAGUCUACCCGUGCCGCUGGCUCUGCGAGGCCGUGCGUGACUCCUGCGAGCCUGUCAUGCAGUUCUUUGGCUUCUUCUGGCCUGAGAUGCUCAAGUGCGAUCAGUUUCCCCAGGACGAUGUCUGCAUUGCCAUGACUGCUCCCAAUGCCACCGAUGUCUCCAGGCCCAAAGGAACCACCGUGUGCCCUCCUUGCGACAACGAGAUGAAGUCGGAGGCGAUCGUGGAGCAUCUCUGUGCCAGCGAGUUCGCCCUGAAGAUGACCAUAAAGGAAGUGAAGAAGGAGAACGGGGACAAGAUGAUCAUCCCGAGGAAGAGGAAGGCGCUGAAGCUGGGCCCCAUCCGCAAGAAGAACCUGAAGAAGCUGGUGCUGUUCCUGAAGAACGGCGCCGACUGUCCCUGCCACCAGCUGGACAACCUGGGCCACUACUUCCUCAUCAUGGGCCGCCAGGUGAAGACCCAGUACCUGCUGACAGCCAUCUACAAGUGGGACAAGAAGAACAAGGAGUUCAAGAAGUUCAUGAAGAAGAUGAAGUCUCCAGACUGCCCAACCUUCCCCUCCGUCUUCAAGUGAUGCGGUGGGCGGCGGGAGAGCUGCUGCCCGGACCUCGCACGGCCUGCCUCGGCAGCUCCAUCUCGCUCCUCUGCAGCAGGGAUGCUGGAGCCAAGCCCUCCUGCUCCUCCCUUGUGCUCCUCGGAGCUUCCCUUGCUGACCCCAGCCCUCCCACCUCCCUGCUGCUGGCAUUUGCCCGAUGGCCCUGGGUGAGCGUGUGCCACACUGGCACCAAGUGGUGGCUGAGGCCACACGCGAUUGACCCCAGCAGCACCCAGAGACCUGUGCCUGGGGGGGUGGCCAUUUCCAUAGCAGCUGUCAGGCAAAGAGGGCCAGCAGAGGGAUGUAAGUUAUGUCCAGAGGUGACUCGCUUGCAGAAAGGACUCUUGGCACCCUGUCACUCCUGUGUUCGUGGCUGUAGGAUCACCCUAAGUGAGUCCCUGCCUGGAGGCAGGCAGUUAGGAGAAGAUCCCAUCCUGGUGGGGAGGGUUAAUGAACACACAGUGGAGAAGCUGUUACGGCCUGGGACGGAGCCUCCUCAGAGCUCACUGCCCUCACUGUACAAAAAACUUCCUAGUCUAAACCUGCUUAGUUUAAGCCUUAACCCUGAGGUCCUUGUGAUACUUUGAUCACCUGGAUCAAGGAGCCCUCUCUUGCCAGUACCUCCUCUGAAGUGUCACUGGGAUGCCCACCCUGGUCUCUGUCAUGCCAAGCUGCCCUGGGCUGAGCCCUUUAAGCCUGGCAACAUCGUGCUUGUUUGCCAGCCUUCCAGUCCCAUAUGGCACUGCCCUGGUUGGUGGUGGCAGAGGGGGGGCUGCCUCCACACAUGCCCCAUCCUGCAGCCACGUCCCUCCUGCUCCCAUGGCAGCCUGUCCUGGCAGAGACCCGACCUUGCCUGGCACAUGGCAUGGGCAGGGCCACUGGUGCCCAGCCUUGUCCUUUGGCUUUAGCCAUGUGCCAACACCUGCUGCUCACAGGUAGCCUUGGACUCCCAGGUGGGGAGAGCUUGUGGCCAGCUACUCUGCUUGUCCCACUCCCUGCCUUCACCAGCGACGUUUCCAUGUCUCUUCAGGCUGCUGGCAAGGCCCCAGGCUGCAGAAGGUUGAGGAUGUGUCCCUGUGGAGCGCCACGGGGAGUGCUUCAUCUCCAUCUUUCCCUCCCUGCAGUCACUGUGGGAGCCAUCAGAUCCUAGGUUUUUGUCUGCUUGAUGUGUGACAGCUUGGCUUUGGCUUUGUGUGCCUCUGGCUUGUGGUUUGGUUCUUUCUCUCCUAAUCAAAAUGUCAUCUUCAUAUGAGGUCAGGGAGUCCAGGGAAGACAGAGACUGUUUGCAUCCAAAUUGUGACAUUUAUCGACCAAGCAGAAAUGCAUUUCUCUGUUAAUUGGACAAGUUCUGUGUUCCACAGACCCAUAUCACUCCACAUUAAUUAUACACUCCUGCUCCCAUUCAGUAUUCUCAUCACUCACGAGCAUGAUCUUGCAAUCUGAGCUAAUCCUGUUGUCUUGCAGCGAAGGGGAAUAACAAAUCCUCAUUUCUGGGGUUGGAACCAGCCCUGCUCAAAGCUGGAA